GCCGAAUUGACCAUUUUUGUUCCUACACUAGACCCUAGAAACACAGCAAACCAGCAUCUCUCCAAUUCCAAUCUGCGGUUUCGGAUUGUGCCCCGCGCUAAAGUGAACGAUAAGAUAAGAGCUUCUGCCCGAGGACCCACGAAGUCCGAAUCAGGCCUCAGGUGGUGUUGCUUCUCAUAAACCUGGUGCAUGCAUGUACGAGUACUGUACUGCGAACCGGGUACCGUCCUGGAUUAACCAACAGUCCUGGAAGAUAUUUUGAAAGAGGAUCAGGAGGGAGAAAAUCCUGCUUCUUCAAAGCUUCGCUUCACCGAACGACCUAGGAUUUACAGUCCCAGGCGAAUCGCCUGGAGCAUGCCCCUAUCAAGUAUAAACUUUCCUCUUCGGCCCGUCUCCGUCUUCGCAUCUCCCUUCCGGGCCCUCCUUGCCUUUGUCGUCCUGUCGAUUCCCAUCACCGUCUUCUUCCGCACACCCCGAAAACUCGCCAAUCGCCCUGCCCUCGCUUCACAGCCACGAUCCGCGAGCACCAAAAUGGCGGCCAAAAAGAAGAUCGCCAUCAUGACGUCGGGCGGAGAUUCGCCCGGCAUGAACGGCGUCGUGCGCGCUUGCGUCCGGAUGGCCAUCCACCUGGGCUGCGAUGCCUACUGCGUCUACGAGGGUUACGAGGGUCUUGUUCGCGGCGGCGAUUUGAUACGGCAGAUGCACUGGCACGACGUGCGCGGAUGGCUGUCCGAGGGCGGCACUCUGAUCGGCACCGCCCGCUGCAUGGCAUUCUACGAGCGCGCCGGCCGUCUGGCCGCCGCCAGAAAUCUGAUCUCCCACGGCAUCGAUGCGCUCAUCAUCUGCGGCGGAGAUGGCUCGCUCACCGGAGCCGAUAGGUUCCGCGCCGAAUGGCCGUCGCUCAUACAGGAACUCGAGGACACCGGCGAGUACACCGCCCUCGAACUCGAACCCUACCGCCACCUCAACAUCGUCGGCUUGGUCGGGUCCAUCGAUAAUGACCUUUCCGGGACGGACGCUACGAUCGGCUGCUACUCGGCUCUUGCGCGGAUCUGCCAUGCCGUCGAUCUCAUUGAGGCCACCGCUUCCUCCCACUCGCGGGCUUUCGUGAUUGAGGUGAUGGGGAGACACUGCGGAUGGCUGGCGUUGAUGGCUGGCGUUGCUACGGGUGCGGAUUUUAUCUUCAUUCCGGAGAAGCCUAGAGAGGACAACUGGAGGGAGGAGAUGUGCGGUAUCGUCGAACACCACCGGAAACUCGGAAAACGCAAGACCAUCGUCAUUAUCGCCGAGGGCGCCAUCGACAGGGAGGGCAACAAGAUCACUCCCGAGAUGGUGAAGGAUCUGCUGGCCGACAAGAAUGGCCUCGGCCUCGACACCCGGAUCACGACCCUCGGCCACGUCCAGCGUGGCGGAACUGCCGUCGCGUACGACCGGAUGCUGGCAACGCUCCAGGGAGUCGAGGCCGUAAAGGCUGUUCUGGAAGCCAAGCCUGACACGCCUACGUGCGUCAUCACCAUCAACGAGAACAAGAUCGUCAGGAAGAACCUCAUGGAGGCUGUGAAGGAGACAAAGAUGGUGGCCAAGGCGAUAGAAAAUCAGGAUUUUGACCGGGCCAUGGGGCUCCGGGAUACCGAAUUCUCGGAGCAGUACAGGUCCUUUAUGAUGACGACGGCGGUCCAGAUUGACCACAAGAUGUUGCUACCAGAAAAAGAGCGCAUGAAAAUCGGCUUCAUCAAUGUCGGCGCCCCAGCCGGCGGCAUGAACGCCGCGGUUCGCGCCGGCGUAGCGUACUGCCUGUCUCGCGGUCACGAGCCGGUCGCCAUCUACAACGGAUUCGCCGGAUUCGCCCGCCACCACGACGAUAAGCCGCUGGGAGCGGUUCGGCCGUUCGACUGGCUCGAAGUCGAUGGCUGGGCAAGCAAGGGUGGUUCGGAGAUCGGAACGAACCGCGAGCUUCCCAGCGAGUCGGGUAUGGAGAAGAUCGCCGAUCUGAUCGAGCUCUACCAAUUUGACGCUCUCUUCCUCAUUGGUGGGUUCGAAGCGUUCCAUGCCGUCUGCCAGCUGCGCAAGGCCAGGGACCAGUACCCUUCCCUGUGCAUCCCCAUCACGCUGCUGCCUGCUACCAUCUCCAACAACGUGCCGGGGACCGAGUACUCCCUUGGCUCGGACACGUGCCUCAACGAGCUGGUCGAAUACUGCGACAAGAUCAAGCAGUCCGCUUCGGCCACUCGGCGCCGCGUCUUCGUCAUCGAAACCCAGGGCGGCCGCUGCGGGUACGUCGCUACGCUCGCCGGUCUCGGCGUGGGCGCCUCGGCCGUCUACACGCCCGAGGAGGGCCUCAGCCUCGAGAUGCUCGCGGCCGACGUGCGCCACCUCAAGUCCGUGUUUGCCAAGGACCAGGGCCAGUCCCGCGCCGGCCGGUUGAUCCUCAUCAACGAGAAGGCCUCCAGGGUCUACAACGCCCGCUUGAUCGCCGAGAUCCUCCGAGAAGAGGCCCACGGCCGGUUCGAGAGCCGCGAGGGCAUCCCGGGCCACAUGCAGCAGGGCGGUGUGCCCUCGCCCAUGGACCGGUGCCGCGCGGUGCGCCUGGCCAUCCGGUGUAUUCAGCACCUGGAGCAGUUCGGCCGCAGCGUGCACAAUCGUGUCAAGAACGACCCCAUGAGCGCCACCGUCAUCGGCAUCAAGGGCGCCAGCGUCGUCUUCACACCAGUAAAGCAGGUCGAGGAGGAGGAGACCGACUGGCCCAACCGCCGUCCCAAAAAGGUCUUCUGGAAGGACAUUGGGGAGAUCUGCGAUAUCCUGUCCGGUAGGCCCAAGCACGAGCUACCGGAGCCGGACCUCAAGGGGCUCAAGGCUAAGGAUGUGAAGAGGGGGAUCGAAACCCUUUAACAAGGGACCCAUGUCUUUACCCCCUUCCUCUCUGGGGAGGGGAGAGGAGAGGGUAUGUAUGA